AUGUUGUUUUUUGCUUCGACUACUACUAUCAAACUCGAAUUCAUUCGAGAUGAACUAAAUAUCGAAUGGCUUUCUCUCGACAUUCACUCCGACGUUACCACUCCUCCUGAACAUGACAAAAAUCUGCAUAAAUCACAAAAGAAAAUCGAUCGAAAUUCAAUUAUCAGCAAUGGUUCUUUAUCGUUACCUCAGACAAGUUAUGAACGAUUACAUAAAAACGAACAAGAAGUAUGCAAAUCAUUGAAUUAUCUCGAUCAAGUCUUGACACAUAACAAACUUGAAAUUCUUCCGAGCAUCGUUACAUCGCUAAUUGAGAAUAUUUUCGAUAUUGAAAGUGUAUUGAAAGGUAUAUUCGAACGUGAAUCUGCCUCAUUCAGAGCACAUCUACUGAAUGACGUCUAUUCUCUCCUCGCAGAUCUAAUCGACUGGUCUGAUCGAUUCCUUCUAGCCAAAUCAAUAAAUCCCGAUGAAAAAUACAAAAAACUAACUCGUGAUCUUAUCCAAGCGAUCAAAAAUUGCAUUUUAUUUGCUAAUGAUGCAUCCUCAAUUCAAAGCGUAGAGACACGUUCUGGUUCGAUACAAAGUUUUCACUCAUCGAACAGUUAUAAUGAUGAAUCUGCACCUGUCCUUCCUCCAAAACGCGAUAAAUCCUCGAUCAAUUCUUCCACGACCAUUGUCUCCAAUCGAAUACGACCUAACGGUAGUACGAAUUCCGUUCCGAGAAAGAUCCGCCCAGAUAAAGAUAACGAUCAAUGUAUACAACUUAUUGUCGAUGAUAUCAAUCAGAUCGUCGAGAAAUAUACACGUGAAUUAGAUGAUGCGAUACGUACGAAAACAACGGCUCGUUCCCCUUCAGCUGAACAAUUAUUCGAUCAGAAUUGUUCGAUAACAAUGACAGCACCAUGUCAUCAACAUCCUCAAAAUGCUGACACAUUAUACGAAACUCAAGUUUCGAAAAUCACCAAAAGCACAGUAACGAAAACGACCGUUAAAAAUGGCCAUGAGAUCAUUGAUCAAAAACAAUCGUGUCAGCUUUAUAACGAAACCGAUUGUUCGAUUCAGUCACCCAAUGGAAAUUUCCAAACACAAAAAUUUACAUUCAUCAAUCGAGAAAAGAUCAACAACGAAGACGAACAGCAGAAAUCAUUCGUUACAUCUCAAAAUCGACAGCUAAAUCUUGUCAAAACCGAAGACAGUAGUAAUGAACCACCACCGUUACCGCCCAAACGAAAGACAGCUCGAGCGUACAUGUCCCUGUUUGAUCGGUAUGAUCAACAUGUCGCGGAAAAUUUCCUUCGUGAUACGUGUUCUGUGCCAACGCCUCAACGCCGAUUUGAAGAUUUAUUCGAACAAAUGCAAGAACACUUCCAACAGAUGCAAAUCUUUCCCAAUUUGGAUGAAUCGCUGAGAAUAAAACUAAAAAACACUGACAAAUCCAAUGACUCCCUCAAAGACAUGGACGAAUCGUUCACAUGUAAAAAUCCAUUGAAAAUUGACUAUCAGAGUGACCUUUUCCUGGAAAAUAUAUCCCAUUUACUUGUCUUUAAUCUGAACGAAAAUCCGUCAUUACGCGGUGGUUCUGUCGAUGCGUUGAUCAUCCGAGCAACAUCUCCCGAUAAAAAAGAUUUCGUUUAUCAAGAAGCGUUUCUAACUACAUAUCGUACAUUUGUCUCUCCGAGUGAUUUAGUUGAAAAAUUAAUUCAACGUUAUACGUUCUUUUCGCAAUUUGAAACGAAGAAAAAGAUAUCGCGAUAUGCGUUUUCACUUCUCAUUCGAGUCAUCGAUGAAAUCGAUAAUGAACUAACGGAAGAUUUAAUGGAAUCUCUUUCGAAUUUUGUUACGAAUUUAAUUCGUCAAGGUGAACUUCAGCUAGGGAAACUUCUACGACGGAAAUCUCUCGAACGUUUUACAAGAUUCCCGCCAUCCUCUGAACAAACUCCGCAAGAUAUUCUCGUUAUACAAAACUCAAUUUCUUCCAAACGAGCGACGUUACUUGAUUUUCACGCCAGUGAUAUUAGUGAACAAUUAACUCUACUGGAUUCAGAAUUAUUUCUCAAAAUCCAACUAUCCGAAAUCUUAUACAUGUCAAUUGAAAAAGGAGAAGAAUAUUCACCGAAUUUAGCCGCUUUCACCGAACAUUUCAACAAUAUCUCCUACUGGGUCCGAUCACGAAUCCUCGAACAAAACUCGCAGAAACAACGUGAAGUUCAUUUUGAAAAGUUCUUGAAAAUAUUAAAACAUCUACGGCGAUUAAAUAACUUCAACUCAUAUCUGGCCAUACUCUCCGCUUUGGAUUGUGGCCCAUUAAAACGAUUGCAUUGGUCGAAGAGUAUUAUUGACUCAAUAUCGGAACACGCUGGACUUAUUGACAGCACUGGAUCAUUUAAAAACUACCGGGAAGCAUUGAAUGCAUCGGUUGGACAACCGUGUAUACCUUAUAUUGGAUUGAUCCUGUCGGAUUUAACCUUUGUCCAUAUUGGUAAUACGGAUUAUUUACCGGAUGGUCGAACAGUUAAUUUUUGGAAACGGUGGCAACAAUUUACAAUUUUACAUAAACUUCGUUACUGUCGAAAAUGGGAACAUAAAUUCAUUCGUAAUGAUCGUAUAUUGUAUUUUUUUAAUAACUUCGAUGAUUAUAUGAAUGAAGAUGCACAAUGGAUCCAAUCGGAGAAAAUCAAGCCCCGACAAAAAUCUAAUCCAUAUGCUUAG